AUGUAUCAGUACCGCGGAGCAAACAAGACAACUAAUGAUAGACAAUUCCCUGACUCUUGCAACGAUAACAAUGUUGUCGCUUUCGUGAUAAUGUUGAUGUUGUUGAAUCAAUUUACUGCUUUCAAUUGGCUGCUUACAGCUGAAAUGGCUUUCAAUCGGGUGACACAUGAUUGGUCCGAGGUUCUAGCUUUACAGUAUUGCCGAGACGAGAAGCUUUGA